AUGGCUUCCUACCCCCUCCAACAGAUCUACUACGAUGGCAAACCUCGAAGUGCCAAGUCAGGAAAAUCUUUCAAGACAAUCGACCCCUCUACCGCAAAACCGCUGGCAGACGUCCAAACAGCUUCCCCAGCAGAUAUUGACUCGGCCAUAGCGUCCGCACAGGCAGCCUUCCCUUCGUGGUCCCAGACACCUCCAAUCGUCCGCUCACGGAUGCUUCUCAAAGCCGUCUCCCUCCUGCGCUCACGGAACGACGAGAUAGCAAAAGUCGAAACACACGACACAGGCAAAGCAUUCUCAGAAACCAGCACAGUGGAUGUAGUCACCGGUGCAGAUGUACUUGAAUACUUUGCAAAUCUGGUGGCAAGCGGGGGACUCAAUGGCGAGACGACACAGCUACGGCCAGAUGCGUGGAUAUAUACCAAGAAAGAAGCUUUAGGAGUCUGUGCUGGCAUAGGCGCUUGGAAUUAUCCCAUUCAAAUAGCACUGUGGAAAUCAGCGCCAUGUCUAGCAGCAGGAAACUGCAUGGUCUACAAGCCUUCAGAAGUUACGCCUCUCCAUGGCCAGAUACUGGCCCAGAUAUACUCUGAAGCCGGCGUCCCACCAGGAGUUUUCAAUAUCGUACAUGGCGAUGGAGCAGUUGGCGGAUACCUGACAUCGCAUCCUGGGAUCUCCAAAGUCAGCUUCACAGGACAAGUAUCGACGGGUCAGAAAGUCGCCGCCUCCGCAGCAGGCGGCAUGAAAUACGUGACAAUGGAACUCGGCGGCAAGAGUCCCUGCAUCAUCCUCCCAGAUGCCGACAUCGAUAGUGCCGUCGACGGAGCCAUGAUGGCAAACUUCUACUCCACGGGCCAAGUCUGCACAAACGGCACCCGAGUCUUCGUCCCCCGCGCUCUCAAAUCCGCUUUCGAGAGGAGACUCCUCGAAAGAAUACAACAUAUACGCUCUUUAGAGCCCAUGGACCCCAAUAGUAAUUUCGGACCCCUGGUAUCCGAAAUCCACUACAAGAAAGUCCUAAGUUAUAUCCAACACGGUAUUGACGCCGACAAAGCGAAACUCCUCUGCGGUGGCUCCGCAAAACCAAACAACAUCCCCAAAGGCUACGAAAACGGUUUCUGGGUCCAACCUACCGUUUUCACUGACUGCACAGACAGCAUGAAGAUCGUUCGCGAAGAGAUCUUCGGGCCAGUCCUCUGCAUCCUCCCCUACGACACUAUCCCCGAACUCAUCGCUCGCGCCAACAACACGAAGAUGGGCCUCGCGGCCGGUGUAUUUGGUAAGGAUCUGAAUCAGUGUCAUGAGGUUAUCAGUAAGGUCGAAGCGGGCAUCACGUGGAUCAAUACGUGGGGUGAGAGUCCUGCGGAGAUGAGCGUGGGAGGCUGGAAGCUGAGUGGUGUGGGUGUGGAGAAUGGGAGGAGGGGGCUGGAGGCUUGGGUUAGGGAGAAGAGUACGUUGGUGGAGGGGAGUGGGAUUGUGGGGACGGUGUUUGCGAAGUUAUAG